AUGCACGAGACUCGUAGACUCUUGGAGGCUGCUGCUGCCUUGUCUUUGCUUCUCCGGAAUGCCUCAAUACCCCAUGCAUUCUACGGCAGCGUUCUCACUGCAGUCCUCGCCAACACUCCUCUUAGUGACGCAAGUGGCCACAACCAAGCUCACCCAUUCCGUAGGACGAGAGACGCGGUUUCAGGCAACGAAGAUUUCACCGUAACCCAUUCUCCUUGGACAAACCGACUACACGUCACAUACCGUCGUUUGAUUCCGGCAAUCGACAUCGAGAUACUGCCGGCAGGAGAAACGGGCCCGCGUCAUCUGGACACGUCAACAGUUAUGAGGGUUCAGAACGUCCCCUUCUUGACAGUAUCUGAAUUCAUCCGAGCCAAACUGAAAUCAUGGGUAAUACGUGGUUCGGAGCGCGACGCGCAGGACAUCUUAUACGUAUUCGUUCGGUACUGGAAUCGCGUCGACAUAAACCGGAUUACUGAGCAAGAUAUGAACGUGUUUGUGUCUCGGAAUGCCUCUGCAGCACCUGCUUGGUUAGCAUUGAGAAGGAAGUAUGGAAUGUGA